AUGUCGGCCGGACACUAUUCGCGGCAUCGCGCGAUGUCGAUGAGCUCAGGGCAGUCUUCGAAAGGACAUUCGAGACUAGCAACGCUGGCAGAGAUCACGUCGACGCUGCCGCCGACAGAGGUGGCUCGAAACUUCGAGCCGUGCGCGGCGACGGCCUCUCUGUUUCUAUACGCGCAGGGAAACUCGGUUGUCUGCGCUCACCAUGAUACUCUGACGAUUGAGCGCCGCUUCUCGAGACAUACGGAAGAGAUCCAAUUGCUCGCGGUGGACAAUGUCAGCGACAGAGGCGCGGGACGAUUGGUGGUCAGUUAUGAUGCUGGGCAGACGGCCAUUGUGUGGGAUUGCAUGACUGGGGAUGAGCUUGCCCGUUUUGCCUCGUAUGAGAAUCUUACGGUGGCAGCGUGGAUGCGGAAUGGGAAUGUUGCAUUUGGUAUAAAGUCGCAAGGCAAUGUGAUUCUAUUUGAACCGACCACAUCAGAGCACAUUUCGGCAAGAACGAUCGACCAAAUUCCAAUUACAGCUCUGGCACCAGCAGCAGAUUGUAGAACUUAUGCCAUUGGCUUCUCGAAUGGUUCACUACUCAUUGCAGCUCUGCAACCACGAUUUACCAUUCUUCACAAUCUAACUACAUCUCGAGGACCAUCGCCCAUUGUCUCUUUAGCAUGGCAUGCCUCUUCUUCCCGUCAAAAAUCAGAUAUGUUGGCAACGCAGACGAGUGACGGAGACCUCCGGGUAUGGAGUGUGGCAAAAUCGCCGACCAGCAGUGACACGGCCAAAGUCGUCAGAGUGUUGAAACGAUCAGGAGGAGAAAGUUUUCAAUCCGGUCCAAACUGGUUAGGUUGGUCGAAAAAUGGGCGGAUCGUCCAAUUUUCGGAAGGGGAGACGUCGUCCUGGGAUGUUCGCACGAAGCACGUUACCUAUGAAUCCGUUCCAACUCUCGAGCACGUUAAGGGGCUUGCUCUCUAUGGGCCGGGAGCGACCCUUUUCACAUUGGGUCGCAACAACACGGCGCAGCAGUUCGAUCUCAACUCUCCUCCUCAGUUGGUGGCUAAUGUGCAGCAUCCGGCCAAUUUACUGCCCCCUUCGCCACCCGUUUCCAUAGAGGAACAGAAAAAACAAGAUGCCUCAGCCUCUGUAUCAGGAAGUGAGUUGUCCUCGGUACCGAUCAAUAUCGAUGUUUCCGAGAGCGACGAGGAUCACAUGUCGCCUCUGGCCAGAAUUGCCAGGGAAAUGGACAAACUUGAAGCAGAGCGGGCUGAGCCGCCUGACCGAUCAGGUACUCUCAGCCCUGUAUCAACGAGGAGUCGUGCCUCUACGACCUCUCGAUCAUCUGCCGGGUCACGACAUAGAGAAUACCGUGACUAUCCCAAGCACACCUCAAUAGCUUCACGGACCAACAUGAGCGAGGCUACUACGAUGUCCAUAGGGUCUACCUUACACUCUCGCGAGCCCUCAGUUGCCUCUCGUGACAGUUUCUCUCAGAGCAGUGUCAGCUCAGCGUCGCAUACCUCCGGCAGAUCUCGACCACGGGGCUCUCGCUUACGCCAGGAGGUCCUUCGAAGUCCGGAUCAGGACAGCAGCAAAGUCAUUGAUCUUUUCACGUACACCAAAGCUAGGCUGAGCGACAUUCCUUACCGCCAUCCUCAGGUCUUAGACAAUACGCAUCUAACGAACGAUGACCUCCGCCGCCAAAUGCUAAGCACAAUCUUCGGCUGGGAUGGGGAGGCGCAAGAUUUAGUUCAAGAUGAGUUGAACCGCCAUACUUUAGGAUCACCCAACAGAGUCCUCUUGACCAAAUGGCUCGGUGACAUCGACACAGACAUCAUGGCAACCAGCUCAGAGUCCAUGACCUCUUCCGACUGGAUGUUACUUGCCUUGAGCGGAAUUGGCGGGCAUGCUUCUCAGACAAAAGUUGCACGGGCAUAUGUGCAAAGACUUCUUGAAAAGGGAGAUGUACACACUGCCGCAACAAUCAUGAUUGGUAUGGGUGAUCAGAACGAUGCAAUCGAGAUCUACGUAUCACACAAGCGGUACAUGGAAGCUUUGAUUCUUACCUGUCUUGUGUUCCCCCACGAUUGGUCCAGACAAGCAGAGCUCAUCAGGAAGUGGGGUGAAUGGGCUGUUCAGCAUAGCCAACAACAGUUGGCCAUUCGAUGCUUUUCCUGCACUGGUUCAGAAUCAUCUGAACCUUGGGCAUCUCCAAGUGCUCAAGCCCUUACAUUCACGCAGUCCAUCCCUGAACUUCUCAGCCCUCCACUAUCACCUCCAGGAGCACGAGGUCCUCAACGCAGCAUCGCAAAGACUUCUGCUUUGAAGCUCAUUACUUCUUUCGGGGAUAAAGCUGGCAAAUCAAAGUUCUUUGGGCUGGGAGAAAAUGAGAAAACCCCUCUUGGUGGCGGAGUAACUCCGAUAGCUGAGUCUGCACUGUCUCCCGGCGGCGACAAUGCGAACACGGCCUUCCUUAGACCCAGCCAUCGGAGUGUCUACAAUACACCAGCAUCUGCUCGAACAGCAACACCAGGUGGAUUCUCGAGGCAAAGACUUCCUUCGAUCGGAGAGAUGCCGACGGACGUUCUCCCUCUUAGAGUGCAGGAACCCGCGAGAUUGCCCACACCUGGCGACUCUGGAUCUGACUUGGAGAAGGGCGCACGUCAAGCUAGAGCUCACGACAAAUUUGUUUCACAGCCUGAGACGAUGCAACUUAGCUCAGCAACGUAUGUACCAAUUGGUCGCGCCGCUACUGCCAGUCCAAUGAUGGAGAAGAACAAGAGGACUGCCAAUCCUCUACCGUCGCCCUCGCCAGACUCUUUUACAAAGCUGAAACGAGAUGCUCGGAAGCGCAAUGGAUCUCGCGAUCGUAAGCCGGAUGGUCUUCAGAUUCAGUGGCCCCCAAUGGAAUCUAUCAUCACGGGCGAUUACAUGACUUCACCAGAGCCUUCGGCAACAUCAUCGAAGUACCGGCCAGACACAGCACGCUCCAUUGCUGACUCAAUGGACUCAUUCUCCACCGCUGGACCUGCUCGAAGCCCAAUGCAAAGUGAACGCAGUUACAGGAGUCGUGGAGACGCAAGUCCUAUGGUCACUGGCCGGAGCAUAGAUCAGUACAUCAGCAGUCUCGAGGCUGCGCAGCACCAUGCUGACAAGCAACGACGACCAAGCAGCCGGGAGCGAAACGACAAUUCGAAACGUGACCGUAGCCGCAGUCGCAAACCUAAAGCUCGUGAUGCAUCCGAAGAUCGUGGACGAACUGCAGGUCGCUACAUCAAACCCGCUAAGCGCUCACCAACCUCGCCGGUGCCUAUGUCUCCUGAAGAUCUAAGAGGUCUCGGAGCUAUUGGCUACAAUGAGAAUGAUGUGGCAUCUUCAGAUAAUGGACGGAGGACAAGAAAUCAGAGUCAGUCUAGAGUUGGCUCUGUAAGAUCAUCGAGCCGAGUUCGUCGUGUAUCUCCAGAUCCACCUGCACGCCGUCAAGCAGGUAGCAGAGCCGGUAGCAGAGCUCCAAGUCGCAACAACAGUCGACGACCAAGCCCAGACGGUCGUCUCAUGGUUAUCGAUACCUCGAGAGGUAGGAGCGCCGGUCGAGAAGGCUCUGUCAUGCGCUCGCCGUCGUCUCCUCUGCCAAUGUCCCCUCAAGCUAAGUUCUAUCAAGAUAACGAUGACGACGAAGACCUAAGGAGAGCUCAUGAAGAUCAGCAACGCUUCAGAUCCCGCCACCGAAGCACGAGUCGAAUGAGGGAGAGAAAGCCUCGUGGAACAAGUACAGUCCGUGACAGUCCUUCUCCAGAAAGACGUCGUGAACGUUCGUCGAGUCGAAGACCCGGGGAACGAGAGAGCAGCAGGACACGUGGUGGCGAAGCAUCACCGCAUCCAAAGCGUGAACGUCCACCCCACACUCGAUCAAUAUCUGACCAGAAAUUUGGAGAAGCCAACCAGAUGAAGGAUGAACGUACCAUCAAGAGAGAACAAGCUGCGCGAGAUCUUGAAGAGCGACGAAAGUCAUUGGCUCGACGACCAUCUGCACCACCAAUUGUACACCCGGAAGAGCUUAGCAGACUCUCGCCCGUUUCGUAUCGUGGCGAGCCGUCUCCGGAAUUCCUGAGAUCAUCGACAUAUCCAGCUGCAAAACAGCCUUCUCGAAGUCAAACAACAUCACCUGCGAAUCUCAAUACCUCUGAGUCAUAUCUCAAGCAAAACAGUACCACGACUCCUCAAAUUGGUCUACCUGCUACGCCAAGAGCAAUGAGGCAUCCUAAGUAUGACCCAGAUGGAAAGGAUAUUCCUGAAGUGCCUCAAAUUCCCGAACGAUAUGAGGCAGCUCCACCAGCACCUCCCUCAUGGGGAAGUCUGAAUGCGGCAGCACUGGCGUACAACGACAACCUGGACACUCUUGGCCCACUGCCAAAGACUACUUACUCUAGUGCUCCAAGACGCGUGCCCCCUCGUUCAGCGUCAGCUCCUAUUCCCGAAGAGCCAUAUAAGAAAAGUCAGCCUUUGCCCGCUGGGCUGCCCACUCAUCCAGCUUUCCACGCUGCUCUUCCUCCAAGCAAUAGAAGAAAGACUCAAGAUCCUAACAACAUGCGUGGGUCUCCAUUGGCUUCUCCGCGAAAGAUCAUCCCAGGAGAGUCUCAACCCGGAACCCUUGGAUACGAAGCACGGGGCAAUAGUCCAGUCUAUACAAUUUCCAGACCGGAAAUCCUGAGUGGUAUCGACGAGACUAUCGAAGCUAGCAAACAACCUCUCAAUCCUUCGAAUGACAAUCUCACUCCUCCCCCACCACCUCCCCCACCAGUACCACCGAUCUUGAAAGAACUACAGCAUCUGGCCAUGCCUCCUCCACCGCCGCCAGCACCACUAUAUCGACCUGGCAGCACUCCAAACACUAAUUCAAUGGUUUCCGGUGUCUCACAAGGGUCCGGCGUCUCUUUGGGUUCUGGUGUCAUUGAGAUUGUCAUGGACGAUGACGAGAAAGUCGUACCUGCUCCAACCCAAGCUGAGAUGUCUCCACCUCAACCAGCAUUCGCGCGUACCUCGUCGGUCAGCCACAGCCGUGGUCGCAGUGAGAAUGAUAAGACCAUGGCAGGACGCUUCUCGAGAGCCACUGAGCGCCUCCGAAGUGCUAGUCGUGGAAGAAACGGUCCUCCACCCCAGCUAGACAGGACGAGAAGUCCUCCAGUGCAGGAGAUAAGCCCAUACGAGAGUGUACCAAACUCUUGGAGUAGACCUGGUCCUCCUUCAGUCAACUCUGUCUCGACAGGCAAUACCACAGAACGACAUCCUCGCGAUGUCGCAGCAGCGAUGCGCGACAUGGAAGGGGGCAUGAUCUAA